AUGGGCCGUCAUGAGGUUCCAUACAUAGCAAAGAUACGAUCGCGAGUCGAAUCGAUACGCAAUGAUCGCCGGAACGCCGGCACUAUCGCUACAUUUACGUCGCUUAUCGCUGCAUUUUCAUGGGUUACCGCGUGCGUGUCCCGCGUCCUUCCUCCGUUUGCGCCGCAGGACGAGACGGAGCUGGUGUAUCUCUCUGGGGACCGGGAGAAAUCGCUUCCUCUCUCCGCAGUCAGCACGAUCGCGUGGGGCCAGAAGACAGCCAUAUUCCACCGGCACCUGAGGCCCGACAAGGAGAACCAGUCCUUCUCCAUCAUCUUCUGCAAUGGGGAACGAACCAUCGACGUCAUCUGCAAGGACACGGACGAGGCGGAGAUGUGGUUCGUGGGGCUGGGAACGCUCGUGGAGAAGCAGCGCCGCACGCAGUCGGAGCGGUUGGGCAGGCAGGCCAUGGUGGUGGUGGCGGCGGAGAGAGGGACGCCCGACUGGUCUCCCAACUCCUCGCCCUUCUUUUCUGUGGACCGCAAGCUCAUCCUCCCUGCUCAAUCUCACUCCCACAAGACACUAAUAACCGCUCAACGUGUGUGUCGUCAUCGUCCCAGCCGCAUGCCCGCAUCCAAGUCCGCUCAGCACACUUCCUUUCUGUCCCCAUCCCCUUUCACCACUCCGCACCCCACUCAGCCGCAAGCAGGCGGGUCCGUGACAGCCAGUCCGCCAGACAGGCUCAGCCCAGACGUGGCGCUCAUGCCCGCGUCCAAGUCUGCUCAGGACAUCUCAACGUACCCAGCAGCAGACGACCGCUCCAGUGACGGGGAUGACGCCUCAGACACCGCCUCCCUCAGCGGCUUCUCUGUGCAGUCUGGUAAACCACCCUCGGGAAUGUGGGCCGAUGCUACUGCUGUGGCGAGUCACCCGAGUGCAACCAGCAGUACAGGGGAGGACGCGGGAGGGGAGGCGCUAGGGGAUCUGUUCAUAGUGGCGUGCGCGGAGGAGCAUGCAGCGCUGGUGACGCGGCAGGGGGAGGUGCUGUGCUGGGGGGAGGAGUCCGGGGGGAGGCUGGGGCAGGGCGUUGAGAAGGACGUGGAGCACCCGCAGCUGGUGGAGGCGCUGGGGGGCUUGAGGGUGGAUCAGGGCGUUGAGAAGGACGUGGAGCACCCGCAGCUGGUGGAGGCGCUGGGGGGGCUGCGAGUGGAUCAGGUGGGCGGGCCAUGUGGGGCUGGGACGGCUGAUGUGCUUGCUGGGAUUGGGAUUGGUGCUGAUCAGUCUCGCCCAUCUGUUCCGUUCCCCCAUUCCCUUGGGCAGGUGGCGUGUGGCAAGCACUUCACAUGCGCCCUCACGCGCGGGGGCGACGUGUACAUAUGGGGGGACGGCCGCAGGUGCCAGGGGCUGCUGGGGUCAGGCGGGUAUGGGGACAUGCCGCAGUGGGUGCCGCGCAGGCUGGGUGGCCCUCUGGACGGGGUGCAUGUGGUGCAGGUCGCAUGUGGACCUUGGCACGUGGCCGUGGUGGCCGCUGGAGGGGAGCUGUUCACGUUUGGAGACGGCACGUUUGGAGCUCUGGGGCAUGGCGACUGCGAGCAAGUGCAGGCACUGCAGGGUUACCGAACCCUAAGAGUGGCGUGUGGGGUGUGGCACACAGCAGCUGUAGUGGACACAGGCCCGUCAGGCGAAGGGGGUAGCAGCAACAGCAGCAGCGGCACGGGGGGCUGUGGGCAGGUGUUCACGUGGGGCGACGGAGACGGGUACAAGCUGGGCCAUGGGGACAAGCAGCAGCAGCUGCUGCCGACCCUGGUCAAUGCCUUGCGCCAGGAGAGCUUCUCUCAGGUGGCAUGUGGGGAGAGCGUGACAGUGGCGGUGACAGCAGCAGGCCAGGUGUACACGUGGGGCAGUGCGGAGUAUGGGCAGCUUGGUAAUCCUCAAGCUGAUGGCAAGCUGCCAGCUAAAGUCGCGGGCCCGCUGCAGCAGAAGCAGGUGGAGCAGGUGGCGUGUGGGGCACACCACGUGGCAGCGCUCACCUCAACAGCACACCUGUACACGUGGGGCAGGGGCGCCAACGGUCGCCUGGGCCAUGGGGAUGUGAAGGACAGGGACGUGCCCACCCCUGUCACUGCCCUCAAGGACAGACGCGUGCUGCUGGUGUCCUGUGGCGCUGCCAGCACAGCUGUGGUGUGUCAGCACAAGCCAUUCUCAGGCGCCGACAACUACCAGUGCAACCAGUGCCGGCAGCCCUUCACCUUCGCACGCCCCCGCCACAGCUGCUACAACUGCGGCCAGCCCGUGUGCCACGGCUGUAGCAGCCGCAAGCUGCUGGGGGCAGCCAUGGCGCCCUCCUCCUCCCGCCCGUACCGUGUGUGCGACUCCUGCCAUGCCAAGAUGGUCAAAGCUGCUGCUGCCGCUGCUGCUGGGGCUGCUGUGGGGGCUGCUGCUGUAGUUGGUAGUGGUGUGGUUCAUGGGUCUGUGGGUGGUGUGGUUGGGAUGGGAGGAGGCGGGUCAGGGGCGGUUGCAACAGGGGCAGUCGCAGUCGCUGGUGCAGGCGGGGCAGCAUCGGAGGCGGAGAGGGACACAGCGAUGGCGGGCAUGCGGCAUGCGAAGAAGAACGCUGAGAGGGAGGCAUACCGCCUGCAGGAUGAGGUGGAGGUGCUGCGGCAGCACUGUCAGCUGCUGGAGCAAGAGCGCAGGGCCACACUGGAGCUGGCCCAGAGGCAAGUGGAGGCAGCAGUGACCGCGGCCAGUGAAGCAGGCGCACGGGCAGCAGGCGCACGCGAUAUCAUCCAAGUGCUCUGCACUCAGAUGCAGGAGCUGCUGCAGCAGGCACCGUUGAUCCCGGUCAAGCAAGCCAGCCUGGCGAUCAGAGCCGUUGAUGACUCUGUGCUGUACACGGGUCCUCUGCUUCUGUCGUCGUCUUCCUCGCUGCCCCCGUCUUUGGUUGAGCUGCCACCGCAGCCUGUUUCAGGGAGCGGUGGUGCUGCGCUUGCUGCUGCACCUGCUCUUGCAACUGCUGCUCCGGGUGCUUCUGUGGGGAGUGUUGAGGGGUGUAGGGUAGGGGGGGGGGGCACAGCAGCGGGAGCAGCAGCAGCAUCAGACACAGGAGCAGCAGAAGCAAGUGCUGCUUCCCAGGCAGGAGCACCAGGAACUCUCACUGCCAACUCUCGUCCAACCAGAGGCUUCCACGUGUCCUCCUCUCUGGGUAGCUAUAACAAAGCGGAGGCAGGUGGCAAGGGGUUCCCUGGGCUGGUGCUUGCCGUGCCAAACCACCAGCAGCAGCACCCGUGGCAGGGGAACACAGGAGGAGCAGCCUUGGUGCAUGAGGGGCUCAGUCAGGGGGGUGGGGCGCAGGAGCAGCGAGAGGGAGGCGUGCCUUGGACCCCUACAGGGGCCUCGUCUGAUAAGAUCUCACCGCGCUCCAAGUGGAUUAGUGGGGGGAGAGCGACAGAGGGAGCAGCAAUUGCAGCAGCAGGGAGAGGAGCAAGUUCGUUUGCUGGUGUGGCAGGAGGGGACGUGUUGAGGGGAGGUUCCAGUGUGGAUGUGGGCGCACGUGAGAGUGUGGGAAUGGGGGAUUCGGUCAGGGGAAGCUUGCCUUUUGAUGCUGCAGCGCGCUGGACAGAGGCAAGUGCAGAGAGAGGGAGCUCAGGCGCUCAGCUGGAUGGUCUCAGCAUGAGAGAGUCACAUGGGGGGUAUCUUGGUAGUGCAGGUGGAGGGAUGAUGAGUGAGAAGCAGGAGCGGCGGACACUCCCUGUGUUUGAGGCGCCAGGGGGAGAGAGCGGCGAGCAGCAGCAGCAGCAGGAGGGGAAGGGUCGCAUGGUACCGACGCUGGUGCGGCUGCACGAGUCGUGGACGCAUCUGCGGCAGCGGGAAACGACUCCUGAGCGCGUUCCUGUGGGUGCCUCUGUGGGAGCACUGGCUUCCAAUGCAGCUGUGCCUCCUCACGUGCCUGGCCCCAGCAGCAGGAGGAGCUUGCCUGUUGUGCCAGGGCUCAGCAGGAGAAGCAGUGUGGGUGGGAUGAGAGAGAGUCUGGGCGGAGGGAGAGAUAGUUUGGUUCAGGAACGGUAUGGGCGGCCGAGUGAGAAUCUGCUUGGUAGGUUGGGAGGAAUGGCAGGGGAGAGGGACGUUGGUGGGGAAGGGAAGGCUGCGUUGGGUGAGGGUGAUGAGUCAAUCGACAGUGGUGGCAGUGGUGGCGGCAGUGGUGUGAGGGAAGCAGGUUCUACUGAUGAGACCAGGCAAGAGCUGAGCUGUGGUUCUCAAGGGGUUGAAAACGAAAACGUGGAACCAAGUUUUAGGUAUGCAGCCGUGCAAGAGAACAUGGGGCAGGAUGAGCAAGGGAUGGAUGAGGAGGAGGAAGAGAGAUAUGGGAGGCAAGCAGCUAGCUUGCUGUCUGCAAACCCACACGCCGAGCAGGAGCUGCAUGGGAGGCUGUCGAUCAAUGGCACGGACAUGACUGGCAUGGCUGGUUCUGGCGGUGCUGUAAGUGCUGCUGACGCCGCUGCGAGGGCUGCAGAAGCUCCUGGAAGUGAGGAGCAUCGAGGCAUGUUGACUGAGGAGGCAGUCCGGAUGCAUGGAUUGGACGGGAUUGCUGAGUGUGAGGAGGAGGGCAGAGGGGCGGACUCCGGGGGUGGUGAUGACAGGGAUGGGUCACAGAGUGAAGCCGGGUCAACGAGUUCGAGUAGGCGUGGGGAGGGCAAGGGAGGAAGCAGGAAGUCGACUCGUAAGCUGCAUGAUAACGAGUGGAUGGAGCAGCCGGAGCCUGGGGUCUACAUUACGCUUUCCAAGCUGCCUGGCGGUGGAACCGAGUUGAGACGGGUCCGAUUCAGCCGGAAACGCUUCAUCGAGCGACAAGCGGAGACAUGGUGGGCGCAAAACAAGACCCGAGUCAUGGAAAUGGCUCGCUUCGCCAUGGAUUCUUGGAGGAGUUCCGUGGCUGGCGGAGGGGCCUCGCAGUACUCCCAGGGUUAUUCCUUGCAACAGCUGACGCAACAGCAGCAACAGCAGGUGGCAUCCGCUACGCCUGCUUCAGCAGCAGGGACCGGCCAGUACUACACGUACCAGUCGCUUGCUGGUUAUGGAACCCAGGCGCAGCAGCAGCAGCAAGCACAGCAGGCGGGACAGCAGCAGCAGGUUUCUUACACCCAGGGAGCUUCGGCUGCGUCGGCCACCCCUUAUUCGUCGCUCUCCUCCUUCGCCACCACCGUCGACGGAACGUCCAAGUAUUCGGCCGGCGCGCAGGCAGUCGCUGCAGCCUACGGCCUCGAUAUUGCCAGCGUUGCGGGAACCGCCGGCGGUGCUUCCGCGUACGGUGGGUAUGGCGUGGGGACGACCGCUGCUACCCCGGCCGCUGCUGGAGGGACGUUCAGCUUCGACCCUAAGACGGGGGCCUACUAUCAGGACGCGUCAUCAACGUACCAGCAGCAGCAGGGCGCGGGUGGAGCGUCGGCCAUCGGGCUGGCAGCAGCAGCGGCGUCCAUGCAGCAGGCCAUGGCGACGCAGCAGCAGGCAGCUGCAGCUCAGCAGCGCGUCUACACGGCGACAGACAGCUACGGGCAGCAGCUGCUGGUGACGGCGCCCACGGCCGCGUCAGUGGGAGGAGGGCAGCGCCAGAUCGUAUACACCACAGGCGUGCAAUACGACGCUGCUGCUGCCGCUGGGGGUGCCACGCCCGUCAUGCUCACUGCCGCGGGUCCCGGGUAUGCUGCCAUGGGGGGAGGCGUGUCCGGCAUGGGUGCGGGGAGCGUUCCGUUCCAGCAGCAGAUGGCCGUGGCGAUGCAGCAGCAGCAGCAGCAGCAGCAGCAGCAACACCAGCAGCAGCACGUGCCGGCGCAGGGAUUUUCUCAGCCGCAUCCCACGCCUCAGGGCUUCCACGGCCGGGACUUCUCUGCAUCCAAGGCUUCUGCCCCUGCUGGCCGAACCUCCGGCCCUGCUGCGGACUCCGGAUUUCAAACUAGCAAGGCUUGGCCCGGGGCUCGCGAUGCUGGGCCGAAACUCUCUCUUGUUCCCUUCAGCACUGCAUUGUGCUUCAUUUCUUUGCAACUCAGCUAUCCUGUUUCGAAACCAUUCUUUUCCCCUCUCACGCCGCCCCCGUCUUGUCAGAUUGAGCCAUUCCCAUUCGCGGAGGUGGAGAGGGGCUAUCUGAGCAUCUGCAAGCGCUACCCGCGCCUCUACGUGCCCGCUGACUUCUGCAAGGCUCGAGCGGUGUGGCCCACUCACUCCACGCCGCUGCCUCUCUUCACUCCUGUCAGCUUCGAGCAUGACUCAGUAGAGGUAGAAUCUGACGACUCGGCAACCGCUGCUGCGGCAUCAACGUCUCCUGCUGCUGCGGCAACCGUCGGCACCGCCAGCACUCCAAGCAAGGGAGACCCAGCAGUGAAGACCGAGCCAGACGAGGGAGCACAGGUCACAGAAGUGAAGGGUGAGGUUCAGGGCAUGGCAGAGGACGGCACUCCUGCAGGGCAGUCGGCUGGUGCUGCAACAGCGACUGCUGGGGAGUCGCCUCCACAUGACACGUCUAUGGCAACGGCGAAUGAGAGCUGUGGCUUUGCCACGUCGCCUGCCCACUCUGCCUCUGCGCCAUUUGGGCUUGAUCUGCCCAUGCUCUGGACUGUCAAGGUGCUGCUGAUGAGUGGCCUGGACGCGCCAGCCCUUGCUCAGAUCACGUCAGACAAGCCCCCGUCGCCGCACGAGCGCCCCCCGCACACCAACCACGCGCUGCGAUUCGUCUGCAUGCGCCGCGACCGCGAUCCCAUCUCAGCCAUUGGCGGGCGCUGGGAGGCGGAAACGGACGGUGGGGAUCCGAGCAAGGAGGACUCUGGGCUCGUGCGUGCUGCGAUCAGGUUUGUGAAGGCAACUGUGCGUGUGGAUCUGAGCGCGUGCAAGGACUGGGUGCGGCUUAUCGACGUCGUUUACAUGAGAGCUGAUAGCCGCGGCAAGCCGACCCACCUCGAGACUGUGGUCUAUUUCUUGCCGAACCUGUCGGAGUGCCUUCCGAGCCUAGAGGAUUGGAAGGAGGCUGUGAAAGAGCUGGAGGCGAAGAGGAAGGCGAUUGAGGAGAAGGAGCGGAAGGAGAAGGAGAGGAGGGACAAGGAACGGAAGGAGCGUGAGAAGGAGAAGGAAAAGGAGAAAGAGAAAGAGAAGGAGAAGGAGAAAGAAAAGGAGGAAACCGGGAAGGAGGAGAAGGAAAAAAGUGACAAGGACAAGAAGGAGAAGGAGAAGGAGAAGGAUGAGAAGGUAGAAGAGAAGGAGAAGGAGGAGGAGAAGGCUAAGGAAGGAGAUUCUGCAGGGGCAGACAAGGGAGCAGCAACGGAUGCGGCGAAGGAUGGCAAGGAUGGAGCAGAUGGCUCAGGUGAUGGAGAGAAGACAGAGGGUGGUGAGGCGAAGGAGGGAGCGGGGAAGGAAGGGGAGGAGGACAAGGAAAAAGAGGAGGAGAAGAAAGAGAAAGAGGAGAAGGAAAAGAAGGAGGAGGAGAAGGAGAAGAAAGAGAAGGAAGAGAAGGAGAAGGCAAAGGCGAAGGAGAUCACCAAUCCUGGUUUUGUCCUGGUUUCUUCACGUUCUAAGUCUGUCAAGGUGAAGACACUCACCAUCUCUUUGGAUGGAUUGCUGGACUAUGAUGAGGAGGACAGGGAUGAGUCCUCCUUCGAGCUGGGGGUGGUGGCGGAGAGCAUCAGCGAGUAUAUCCAGGAGCGAGCAGGCCGAACCAUCUUCACGCACCUGCAGUUCUUGUAUCCCUUGUCCCUUGCUAAACGGGCCAAAGAGAAGGAGCGGGAGAGGGAGCGGGAGAAGGAGAGGGAGAAGGAGCGGGAGAGGGAGAGGGAGAGUCGCAAGCGCAGGCUGGAGGCUGAAGCAGCCAAGGAGAAGGCAAAGGAGAGCGGCGAGGGAGACGGCAAGGGGGAGAAGGCACGUGAAGGAGGUGGAGAUGAGGGGGUGGCAAAGCGGGUGAAGGUGGAAGGCGGGGAGGGGGAUGUUGAGAUGGAGGUUGAGGAGGAGAAGAAAGAGGGAGAGGAAGGUGGUGCGGUGAAGAAGGAAGAGAAGAUGGAGGAGGAUGAGGAGAAGAAGGGGGAUGAGGGGAAGAAUAAGAAAGCCAGUGCAGAGGAGGUAGUGAAGAAAGAGGAGCAGGUGGAAGGGGAGGAAGAGAAGGAAGGGAAGGAUAAGGCGAUGGAGGAGGGUGGUGCGGAGGUGGAAGAGGGGAAGAAGGCGAGCGAUGGAGCGGUAUUGAUCGGGCCAGCAGAGAAGGGGGCAGGCGCUACAGAGGGGGAGAAGAAGGAGAAGGAAGGCGAGGAGGGGGAAGGGAAGGGUGAGAAGAAGGCAAAGGAAGAGGCAAAGGAAGAGGCGAAGGAGACAAAGGAGGUGAAGGAGGUGAAGGAGGAGGACUCAUGGCCCAAGUCUUCAGUGACUUGCUCUGAUCUCGUCCUUGCCUUCCGUCAGUUUGACCGCAACCACACCGACUACCUCAAGUCGGAGGAUCUGCGCCGUCUGCUGCACUGCCUGGGGAUCAAUCUCAGCCACAAGAUGGUCAAGGAGCUUGCGCUGGUGGGAGCGGCGGAGAGUGGCAAGCACAGGGACGAGCGCGUCUAUUACCGCGUUCUUGCCAACUACUGUUGCUGA